UUCCCCCACAGAAGAAAAAAUUUUCUCGCCACUUUCUCUCCGAUUUUCUCUCGACAGUCCGAAUUUUCUCGGCCCCCUUACGAAACCUUCCUUCCUCCGAAACGAUGAAGAAAUCUGGAGUCUUCGCGGCCUCGGUCGCUGCGGCCACUGCGAUCAAAGCUUCUUCUUCUUCGUCUUCGUCUUCGUCUUCGUCGUCGUCUUCGUCGUCCACGAACUUCAACUGCAGCUGCUCGAGCUUCCAAUUCUCUCGCCAGGGCGGCGACGGCGAGAGGAGAGAUCGAGAAGACGGCGCGAAGGCGAAGCCCGCCUCUUCCGGGGACAAGUUCGCCCCGAGGUUCGACGGGCUGAGGUUCAUCGAGACACUGGUCACCGCUCACAGAUGAUGGUGCCGCCGGAGUUGUGCCGCCGCGGCUCUUCCGGCGGGAGGAAGGGGAGCCGCGACGAAAGCUUCGGUUUUUCCUCUCUCUUCGGGUUCCUUCUCUUCUGGGUUCGUGUGGGAUUUGUCUGAGGGAUCGACAAGGAGCUUUCUUUAUUAAGGGACAAAAAUCGCGAAUGUUUUUGGGGAUUUGUUCUUGCAGCAGAAGGCAAAAAGGUUUUCUGGGCUGUCCUGUAGUCUACUAAAUACUUCCUUUUUAAGGAAAAUAACGAGAAAUUUUAGAAAAAUUCAUAUUAUUACAGCUUGCUCUGUUUAGUUUUCAUUGUACUGAUCUGCGAAGGUACUGAUGUUGUAUCUAAUGAGACAUGAUUAUUCCCUCUC